AUGUUCCAGGCUCUGUCUCUCCUUUCUCUACUUGCUACUUCUGCUUUGGCGGCGGAUGUUGGCGCAUCUGGCAAACUGGAUGGCAAGGAUGGUGGACUCGGUGGUACUGUCAAGGUCCUGAACGAGAGCGCCAUCGAGAUUACUGGAUAUACCCUCAAAGAUGCAUCUGCGCCGGCACUAUACUGGUGGGGUUCGACAAACGACAAGCUUUCUUCAGGAUUCCGAAUCAACAACGAGCGAGUCGAUAAGCCUGCAUCAACAGACAGUAUUAUUAUUCCCCUCGAUGCAGGCAAGAAGCCAGCAGACUUUGAGGUGGUUGGUCUAUGGUGCGAGAAGCUGAGUGCCAACUUUGGCCAGGCAAAACUGUCAAAGGACGGAUCUGGAAGUGGUUCUGCCACUACCUCUGGUUCAGGAUCUCAACCGACUAAAAUGGGUGGUGCUGCCGGGUUUGCGAGUCCUCAGGUUCCUACUAUUCUAGCUUUUCUUUCAGUUGUUCUAUUUGCGUCCCAGCUUGUUUAA